AUGUCGACGCCUACGAACCCCUCGAAUACUCGCACACCGACUGGCUCCAAUGGAGCGCCACCCAUGAGAAUUCGUCGCCCAAAGGCGGCUGACCCGCUGGUCCGACCGAAGAGAAAGCCGCUCGCGAAACCAGAAAACACGCCUGGCAACAACACAGCCUUCAAAACCCUGCCUGCACGCCCACCGCCCUCCAGCGUUCAACUGCCCCCUCAGCUGGACAAAGCCCCAUCAGCUUCCGCAAAGGACGGUCUUUCCGUGAACGGGUUCAGUGGCCCUUUGCUCUCCGAAAAAUACGUGGAUUAUCCAGUCGUGACGACGAAGCGGGCUUUACGGGAGGGUUUAAAGCAUCACAUCGCCCGGUUUGCUUCUAAAAAGAGCGUUGAUCCGCGGGAUGAGUCUCAGUUUACGCGCCCAGUGAGGCUGCAUCGCCGGGACCCGCGUUCACGAUCGCACGACCCAAACGCAGAGAGGACCCAGAACAUGGAUGGCCAGGAGCUGGAUGAGGCGGACCGUGAGGCUCUGGAUGCAAGGAAGGCGGCGCGCGAGAGGGAACGUGCCGAAAACCUUGCCCAGAUCGCUCCCUCUCUCGGAUCGGGCCCGAAACGGUCAAAUGCGCCGAAGCAGAAAACGCAGCAAGUUUUUAAGUCGGAUAUGACACCUGAGGAGAUCGCGAGAGCCCGAAUCAAAUACGAAGAAGCCUUGCCCUGGCACCUAGAGGAUUUCGACAACCAUAAUAUAUGGGCAGGGAACUACGAGGCAGCCCUGUCAGAGACCCAUGCCGUCUUCGUUCUCGAAAAUACAGGCAAGAUGCGGAUGAUUCCAGCCGAGAAGUGGUAUAAAUUUAGCGCCAAAAAUCACUUCAAGGCCUUGACAAUCGAAGAAGCGGAGAAAUACAUGGCUAAAAGGGUCAAAGAUCCCCGGUGGUUCAUGGAGAAGCAGCAGGAGGUAGCACAGCAGAGGGAGCUUGAACAGUUCGCGAAACAGCGCAAGGUAUUUGCUGGCAAGCAAGGCGUCCAAGCUGGCAGAGAAGGCUUGGAAGCGGGCGAAAUGGAUUUUGAGGAGGAUCGCUUUGCGGACGAUGAAGAGCAUGAUGAUCUCUUCAAUGAAGAUGAGGAUGCCAAGGAUGCCGAAAAGAGGAUUAAAGAGGACCAGUUAAAAGCGAAUGUGUUUGACCUCAAGGAGGAGAAAGACUACGAGGAAGAAGAGCUCCGUGAGAAAAAGGAACGCGAAGCUCGGCGCGUCCUGGGCAAAAGUGUGCGAAAGGCACUGAAGAAGCGAGAGAGGAACUUUGACUACAGCAGCGGAUCGGACGCCAACCCCUACACCGAAGACGAGAGCUCCGACGACAGUGAAGCCGAACGGCUCAAAGAGGAGGAACGGAAGGCUGAAGAGGAAAAGAACCAGAAAGAACCCGCUUCGUCCAAAGGAACAAACACUCCAUCGGGUCGGCCAAAGCACAUGGAUGCCCUGAAGAAGGCAUCUACGUCUCGCAAACGGCUUGGAUCGCCGAAUGCCUCGGAUGCUAGCGGUACCGACACUUCUCGGAAAAAGGCCAAGAACAAGCACCAGUCCUCCCAGCCGACACCCCAACCCACAUCGCGCCCCAUCUCCCCAUCCGCGGUGUCUGUGCAGACUGGUAAAAAGCGUGUUCGGAAUAUCCCGCCCGGUGGAGCUGGAUCUGGCAGUGAUGUCGAAGCCGGCGCCGGGUCUGGAGGGGAGAUGAGCGAAAGUGGCAAGACCAAGAAGCUGAAACUGAACCCGCCUGCAUUGGUUUCGCAAAGUGGCACGCCGCAGGGAUCGCGCGCUGCAAGCCCUGCUGCGGGUAACCGAAGCUUCUCGGGUAGCCGCGCCAGCAGUCCCGAGGGAGCGAUGAAAGGCCAAGCUCGCGUAUCGACACCCGGUCCUUCUGGGAACCAAACAUUCCCGACCCCUGCGGAAAUCCAUGCGUCUAUUCCGCUCUCUGGCAUCCUGAGUAGUGACCUACUCAAGAUCUUCCGCCCACGCAUUGGAGAAUCAAAGGAGAACCACCGGCGGUUCAUCGCUAUCGUCAAGGAUGUCAGUGUCUACGGCAAGGAGGACCGGAUGCUACGGCCAGGCCCAUGGAAGGAGACUUGA